GUGCACAUAUCCGGCACUAUAUAUAUGGGAAGCUAUGCGUUAGGAGAUCAUGGCGGCUGUGGGAACUCCAUUGUAUGGCCAGGCCAAUAUGGCCUACUUCUCUUCCCUAGCUGGACAAGGGAGUGGCUCGGUCUAUGAUGAUCUCCAAUCCGACCAACCGGCGGCAUUCGAUCUCUCCGAUUACAUCUCGUUGUAUGAGGGCUUGCCGCCGGCUUCAUUUGGGCAACCGGAAAGUACUGCAGUUCCUCCCAUGGUGGUAGAUGCCGACCACACUGCAAGCCAGAUUAGUGGAAGCAACUUAACUACUAGUAGCAGUAGUAGUACUAGAAGGAGUGGAGUGGAGAGUCUGAGAAUGGUCGAAGGGUCCAGGAUCGCAUUCAGGACGAAGUCGGAGGUUGAGAUCCUGAACGACGGGUUCAAGUGGCGCAAGUAUGGGAAAAAGUCUGUGAAGAACAGCCCCAAUCCAAGGAACUACUACCGUUGCUCAACUGAGGGCUGCCCGGUGAAGAAGAGGGUAGAAAGAGACAAAGAAGACCCAAGCUAUGUGAUAACCACCUACGAGGGGACGCACAACCACAUGAGUCCCGGUGUUGUUUACUACACGACCCAAGACGACGCCUCAGGCCGGUUUUAUGUGGCCGGUUGCGGAUUGCCUCUAGAUUCAUGAAAACCUGAACGCAGUUGCUUCACAAGCCAGAGUACUCAAAUCUGGCUGCAGAUAUAUAGCCUCCAGCGAAGCAACUGCAAUGCUUUUUUUUUUUUUUUUGUUGUUGUUGCUGAAGUACGGCUGCAUAUGCUUUUCAAUUCUCGUGCAAAUGAUUAGCUUGGCUUGGCUUGUGGAAUGAAACUUUUUCUUGCACCAAUUUA